AUGGCGUACAACAAACUUUAUACAACAGAAGAGCUCAUUCAACUUGUGGAGGAUGAGGAAUUUUGGGAAGGAGAUAUUUUUAUAACACCUCCAGAUGAUGGUGCUGAGAGUGCCGAAGACAGUGGUGAUGAAGAAAUAUGCAAUGACAUAAACAAGCUGAGUGUUCGUCAACUACAAGCACAAGCCGUAGCAAAGAUUACAAAUAAAGGAGAAACGUUCACUAUUGGUGAAGAUGAUGAACAAGAAUUAGAAUUCGAUGAUAAUGAGGUUGUAGAGAAUAUAAAUGGUUCUAAGGAAAUCCUUAACGUAGCAGCUGGUAAAGCCCCAAUGCAGGUCAGCACUGAUUCUGGAGGGAUACCCCAGAAAGCAAUUGAUGGCAGUACCAGCGCCUUCUUCAAUGGCGAAACCUGCACCCUAACAAAGCCCGAGAGAACCCCCUGGUGGUAUGUCAACCUGCUAGAACCUUACAUGGUACAGCUGGUACGACUGGAUUUCGGAAAACCUUGUUGUGGGGCUAAAAAACCAGCCACAAUCAUUGUCCGGGUGGGAAACAACAGGCCGGACCUGGGCACCAACCCCAUCUGCAACAGGUUCACCGGGUUCCUGGAGGAGGGGCAGCCCCUGUUCCUCCCUUGCAACCCCCCCAUGCCGGGGGCGUUCGUGAGCGUCCAUCUUGAGUCCCCGACGCCCAGCCAACUUUCCAUUUGCGAGGCUUUCGUCUACACCGAUCAAGCUUUGCCCAUAGAGAGGUGUCCGCAGUUCAGGGACCAGCCACCAGGUAGCACAGCAACAUACAAUGGAAAAUGCUACAUAUUCUAUAAUCGUCAACCGAUCAAAUUCAGAGAAGCCCUAUCUUUCUGCAGAUCAAGAGGUGGUACUCUGGUGGAUGAAAGCAAUCCUGCUCUGCAAGGAUUCAUCAGUUGGGAACUGUGGCGUCGUCACAGGAGCGACGCGAGUGGUCAGUAUUGGAUGGGAGCUAUCAGAGAUCACGAAACCAGAGGAUGGAAAUGGCUGACUGGGGAAGAUGUCACAGUCUCUUUCUGGAAUUUGCCAGUAGGAAAUGGCGAAUGUUCUAGAUACGAUGGCACCAAAGGCUGGCUCUGGUCUGACACCGAUUGUAUGAUGCAUCUCAACUACAUUUGUCAACACCAACCGAAAGCCUGUGGUCGUCCAGAACAGCCGCCAAAUUCUACGAUGGUUGCACCAAAUUACAACGUUGGAUCCACUAUCGAUUACAGUUGUGAUGAAGGUCAUCUCUUGGUGGGACCAACUCAACGAGUUUGUUUGGAAACAGGAUUUUAUAACGAAUUUCCACCCGUAUGCAAAAGAAUUCAAUGCGGAUAUCCAGCAGACAUCGCCAAUGGAGAAUAUAGCUUGGUAAACGACAGCAUUGGAUAUUUAUCCAGAGUCAUCUACACCUGCGAUGAAGGAUAUGAGAUGAUAGGAAGAGCUCAGUUAGCAUGUGAUAUUGACGAAAGAUGGAAUGGACCACCACCAAGAUGUGAACCUAUUCAAUGCGAGGUUCCAAAUGAAAUCGCAAAUGGUAUAAUCCGUAUGCCAAACGACACUUUCUAUGGAUCCGUCAUCGAAUUCAGUUGCAAUAUGGGCUACAAGCUUAUUGGUCCAAAUACAAUAACUUGCCUCGCAAAUGGACAGUACGACAGUUUGCCACCUACUUGUGAAGGUGGUAUUGCUACGACCGUAUACAGCCCUGAACCGACCAAAACCAGCAGACGACCACUUCCACCGACAAUUACCACCACUCUCACCACCCGUCAACGAACCAGAGGAACCCGACCCCCUCCAACUACCAUCAGAGGCGUGGACGUCGUCAAGGUGGCCAAUAGGACGCGUCGACCUUUGUCAAGGACGACCACGCCCCUCACUACUCCCACUUCGCAAUCGUCGUCCUCGCUAGCAUCGAUUAUAGUUGCUGGACACCCUCAGGACAACGAGAUUGCUGGUAGUUCGAGUAUACAGCAUGGGGAGGCACCGAACGUGAAUGUGCCCUUGCCCGUAGACGGGGAGAGGAAGGAUACUUUUGGUGCUAAAUUGAAUCUGGGGGCUAUCAUUGCUCUGGGGGCCUUUGGAGGCUUCAUAUUUUUAGCUGCAGUGGUCACUACGAUAGUGAUAUUAGUGCGGAGGAAUCAAAGUGCCAAACACCACCGCCACCGCGCCUCCCCGGACUGCAACACCGUAGCCUCCUUCGACUCCUCGAGCUCAGAGUCGCGCAACGGCGGCCUCAAUCGCUACUACCGCCAGGCGUGGGAGAACCUCCACGAAUCGGCGGGCGGCAAAACGCCGCCCAAGGCCGCCCCUGACCGCCACUCGCCCCUGCGGCGCAAAGAGACCCUCGACGAGCCGUACAGGGCGGGUCAUCGCGAUGCGCCUGAUCUGGCCCAGGUGGCCCAUGGAGCGGAGAAGAAGCGGCACCACCACCACCAUCAUCAUCAUGAUGGGAGAAGGGAGAGGCCGAGGGAGCACAAGAGGUAUUGACGGGCUUGGAUGGUCAUAACGGUGAAGUACGAGGGGUAGGUGAAUUUCGAAAGGGUUUAUCCGAUGGAGGGAUGGCGGGAAGGUCGGGAUGGGGAAGGGCGUUUUUGCAUCGAAUUUCGUUUGGACCGUUUUUGAUGGUGACACCCAAUUCGUGCGUGUGCCACAUGAUAUUUGUGGCUCACAGUUUACAUCUUUCGAAGUACAAUAAUUCCGUUGGCAUCUGAUGGAUUAGUGGAUUUUUUUCUUUGGACGUACCUAUAUACAAUUCCGUGAUAGAUAUGAUUCCCAAAUGACCAUGUUUUCUAUGUAGUAUCUUCCAAUUUCCGGCGAUUGCUAUUAAUUUUACUCAAUGAUUAUUUCAGUUUAUAUUGGUCCUACAGAAACGUUUAAAUGACAAGAGUGAAGUAUUUUUCAAGAGCAUUCAGAAUCUAUUACUAGAAAAUGCAAAAAAUCAUCGUGAAUCAUAAAAUUUCAGAUGAACUCUGGUAUUCUUUGAAUGAAACAGUCUGUAUUUCAUUUUUCUUGAAGGUAGAGCUCUUUCUUCUGAUUUCAAAUAUAUACAUUAUUUGACGUUAUCUUUGUCAGUUUUCGGGAAGUGUGGAUUCUAAGAGAGGGGUCACACGAGCGUUUAAAUGACGGACGUUGUAACGCGCGUUGUAGCGGACGUUGUAGAAUAACACCAGCGUGAUAUGCGUCGGUCACACCACCAACGCGCGCUCAACUCGUCGCGCGUUAUUCAUUGUCAACGCUCAGCACCUCUAGUACGCCCACAGCGCGCGUUCUUGUUCAACAUAUGUUCAGAUAUACGUAGCCACACGAUAUUCAAUUUAACGCGCGUCUAUCUGACGAUUAUACGUAACUGGCAGUAUUUUUGUGAUCUGGCAACAGCUGUCGGUUGAGUUGUCAACAUCGUAGACUAUCGUAGACGUUGUUAUCGUAUGUUUUGGACUUGUUUUUGAUUCAUUAUAUCAAACAUGGAUGUAGAAG